CCGGGCGCCUUCAGGGCGGGCGCUUCCUGUCGCUUCCUCGGCUGCCGCCCGCGGGCUGCGGGAAGCCAGGGCGGCGCCGGGCUGGAGAAGGCCCGUGUUUGAUUCGGAACCGCCGCGAGGUAUCUAGGCCGCCAAGAUGCCAGGGCCAAGACCUCGGAAGGGCCCUCAAGCCAGUGGCCAGGGUGUGGCAGCUGCCAAGCAGCUGGGGCUUUUUGUGGAGUUCAAUCCUGAGGAGAUGCUGCUGGGGAUGGACGAGACUGAAGAUGAUGGGGACCUGGAGGCUGAGCUGCUGGCUCUCACAGGGGAAGCAGGGAGCACAGUGAGGAAGCCAGCACCCAAGGCACAGGCACCUCUGCCCAUGGCCCACAUCGAGAAGCUGGCAGCAGACUGUAUGCAGGAAGUGGAGGAUGAAGAAGACGAGGAGGAAGGACUGGAGGAGGAUACAGAUCUGCUAACAGAGCUGCAGGAGGUCCUGGGUGUGGAUGAGGAAACUGGAUCACUGGAUGGUGGUGAGGCCAAAAGCCCAGACCUCUCUGAGGAGGAUAUGAGGCAGGAAGACACUGAACCUCCAAUGAAGACAGCCUUCCUCAUGGCUUCCAGCCCAGUGACUGAGGUUGGUGAGCCUCGGGGACUACAGGCUUUGCUGGAGGAACGGAUCCAUAACUACAAGGAAGCUGUAGCCAGUGCCAAGGAGGCUGGUGAAGCAGCUAAAGCCAGGCGCUGUGAACGAGGUCUGAAGACUCUGGAGUCCCAGCUUGCUACUGUGAGGAAAGGCGGAAAGAUCAAUGAGGAUGAGAUCCCACCACCAGUGGCCUUGGGCAAGAGACCCCCUGCCACCCAGGAAACUAGUAGAAAUCUGAAGGCGGACUCUCCAGCUCUUCCUGCCAUGGACCCAGACAGUUCUUCACAACAUGAGACCAGCCUCCCAGAAAGCUCUGCCAUUGCUGCCUCACCUGAUUCUGACCCAGACCCACAAGCCCUCCUCUUGGCUCGACAGAGAGAGUACAAGGUGGCUGCUCUCACUGCUAAGCGUGCUGGAGAUCUAGACCGGGCCCGAGAGCUCAUGAAAAUUGGGAAGAGAUUCGGUGCUGUCCUGGAGGCUCUGGAGAAGGGGCAGCCCGUGGACUUGAGUGCUAUGCCCCCAGCACCUGCGGAUCUGAAGGAACUCUCACAGGCUUCUAAGAUGCCGACAGCAGUCCCAGGCCUGUCCCCAGCAGUGGAGCGGGUACAGCCAGUGAUGGCCCCUGCCAUCCCAGCGACCACAGUGGCCCCUGCAGAGCCACAGACAGUGCUGGAUGCCCUCCAGCAAAGGCUGAACAAGUACCGAGAAGCCGGUAUCCAGGCCCGGGCCAGUGGGGAUGAGCGCAAGGCCCGGAUGCAUGAACGAAUUGCCAAGCAAUAUCAGGAUGCUAUUCGAGCACAUCGAGUAGGACGGAGAGUGGACUUUGCUGAGUUACCUGUUCCUCCAGGAUUUCCCCCCAUCCCUGGCUUGGAAUCCAAUGUGGGCACCUCAGAAGACUCAGUGGCAGCAACUUUGGCAGCUGCCCAAAGACUAGCCUCAGAGGAUGCGGCCCCAGCAGAUGAAGAUGAGGACGAGGACAAGGGUGAGACCCCAGCACAGGCCCCAGUGGCCAAGAAGCCAGCACAGCCUUUGGGCCCUCCAGCCCGGUCCUUACCUGAAUCUAAGGCUUCAAGUUCUAAGGAGUCACCGAAUCCAUCUGUGCAGGAGCAGCUAGCAUUGCUAGAGGCUCGGAAACUGCAGUAUCAGCGAGCAGCUCUGCAAGCCAAGCGCAGGCAGGACCUGGAGCAGGCCAAAGCUCACAUGCGGGUUGCCAAAUGUCUUGAGGCUCAGAUUGCUCAGGCCAGAGUUGGCCGACCUGUUGACUUUUCAAAGGUGCCUUCACCCUUGACGGAUGAAGAGGGUGACUUCAUUCUUAUCCACCAUGAGGACCUGCGACUAUCCCAGAAGGCUGAGGAGGUAUAUACCCAGCUACAAAAAAUGCUUUUGGAGCAACAUGAGAAGUGCCUGCUGUUCUCCAAGCAGUUCAUGCACCAGGGCAAUGUGGCUGAGACAACCCGGUUUGAGAAGCUUGCUGAGGACCGUAAGAGACAGCUUGAUAUCCUGCAGCUGGCUCAGGCCCAGGGCCUCGAUCCUCCCAGCCACCACUUUGAGUUGAAGACAUUCCAGACUGUGAGGAUCUUCUCAGAGCUCAAUAGCACAGAAAUGCAUCUCAUCAUUGUUCGGGGAAUGAACCUCCCAGCCCCUCCAGGGGUGACCCCUGAUGACUUGGAUGCUUUUGUGCGGUUUGAGUUUCACUACCCUAACUCGGACCAGGCUCAAAAAAGCAAAACAGCUGUGGUGAAGAACACAAACUCCCCAGAAUUUGAUCAAGUCUUUAAACUAAACAUCAACCGAAACCACAGAGGCUUCAGGAGGGUGAUCCAGAGCAAAGGAAUCAAGUUUGAAAUCUUCCAUAAAGGAUCUUUCUUCAGAAGUGACAAGCUUGUUGGCACAGCACACCUGAAAUUAGAACGACUGGAGAAUGAGUGUGAGAUAAGAGAAAUUGUGGAGGUCCUUGAUGGAAGGAAGCGCACUGGUGGGAAGCUGGAGGUAAAGGUGAGGCUGCGAGAGCCUCUGAGCGGCCAGGAUGUGCAGAUGGUCGCUGAGAACUGGCUGGUCCUGGAGCCCAGGGGCCUGUGAGCAGGUGGUCAGCACUAGGAGAGAACCAACCAGCGGUGAUGUGAACCAAUUGGCUUUCCCAGCUUCACUAGCUUUGAAAGUCUUUGUAUAUAAGAGAUGCUGCUACACAAGCACCAAAGACCUAGAAUAUGGGCCCUACUAACCAUGGUUCUGGCUUUCCUCUUACGGGCCCCUUCUAAGCCUUCAUGGAAGCAGGCUGGAUCCCGGAAGCUACCCCAACCUGCCCUAAAUGUGGGUGAAGGCAAGGAAGGAUUCCCUCAUUGCUCUGUCAUGGAGUACUUCAGCCCCUUAACCUCUGCAUUGCAACUGUGUGCAGCUUACCCCUGCUCCCAGUUGUACUAUUUCUGGAUGUGCCUUUAAAAGAUGUAACUGAAGGGACAGGAUGUGUGACGGUGAUCGGAACCUCCACUAGUGUUCCGUGAUAGCUGGUGAGUCCCGUUCAGCCAAGUUUACCCCAGUUCUGCCUGUGCCUGUGCCUUUGUUCCUGACAGCUGCUGCACUAGCCUUCCUGCUUCCCAAGGGACAAAGUGGAAGAGGAAAGAUACUUAUGGUACUACUUUGGUGGGAAAUAAGGGUAAGGUUGUAUCUCGGGUUUGGUCCAUGUACCUAAGAAGGAAGACUGAUAACAGAGGAAAAAAUACAUAUAUAUUUAUAUUAAA